AUAGAGUCGUGCGAGCCGGGUGAGGUCUGCAGUGAUGGCCAUUGGUGUAGACCGGAAGGUGAAGCUGAAGCCGGUUGUGAUCGCACGGAAACGGUACCAACGUGUCCACAAUGCUCGGACUCGGUUACUUUCGUCUGCACCAGUCGUACUACCUUCCAAAAGUGCAACGGCAUCGACAUUGACGAGCAAGUCUAUAACUGUCCAGCCAAUAAGGUCUGCGACAUGGCAUCGGGCAAAUUCUGCAUUGAUAUGUGCGGUCAAGUCGGCGCUCUAGAGUGCAAUAUUCCCGCACCCACUACAUAAGUCUUAAGACUAAUUUCA